GCGGGGUUUUAUUCAUUUAGUAGUAUUUGUAUGGGCUGUUUAUCUAAUUAAUGUAAACUGCUCUCUCGCAAUUACCAAGCGGCAUCCCGGAGCCAACUCAUACGGAGGACGAUGGAAAUAUUUGACUUUCAUCAAUCUUAUGUCCCAAAUUUCUCAUUAAAACACAAGAUAUAUUCUUCACUGUGUUUGUGUUCCCUGUCGGGACGACAGCAUUAUUCCUCUGUGGCUCAAUCAUGCAAUGAGCUGUACCUUCAACCUCAUCAAUAUCCCAGAAGAGUGAAAGGUCUUAUGGGCUUGGCGCUCUUUUCUGCUCUCUACUUGGCCUGGAUCUUAUGGGUGCACCAGGCAUCGGGGAUCUGGGUUUAUCCCAUUCUGGCCCACCUAAGCCCUGUGAAGAUGGUUCUCUUCUUUGCUGCCUCUGCGCUCUUCAUGGCUCCCCUCUACCUGCUGGGGGAGAAGCUUAGCCACAAAUACUGGGGUAAUGUAGGGUCACAGAAGAAGGAAUAAGAGACCAUCUGCCCGAGGAGGUGGUGUUUACUUGGUACCACGGAGGGCUUUCCUGUUGUGCAGGAUGUCUACACCAAGCAAGUAAUUGUAUCUCUAUGACAAGACUUUAAUAGAGAGACUCGAUCACUGUGAGAAGAUCAUCAGACUAGGACACCAUGCUGUCAGGUCUAAUCAAGACUGCCAGCUUCCUUAAGCACAGUGUGCAGUGAUCUUUCAUGCUAAUAAUUUGUGCAGUGUUUGCAUUCCAAUUUUCAUAAGUGAUUAUCAAAACUUAGCUAGAUUUUUGAAAUGCAUAUGUGCCUCAUUGUAAAAUAGUUUUAAUUAAAGAAAAUAUUCUAAAAAAAAAACAAAUCUGAUACUGUCUUAUGACUGCCAUGUACCAACUCUGCAUCACAUUAUCUGUCACCUUAGAUCAUGAUUUGAGGCCUAGAUGGCCUGUUUCUAUGCUAUAGCCAAUGGACAAAUACCAUUUCUGCAAAUUGUUUUUCAAAAUGCCUUCUAAAGAUGUUUGGGCUUAUGGUAUGAUGUACUAUAAUAUGUAUAAUAAUGACAUUUUGGAACAAAGUUUGCAUACACUGAUUUAGAAAAUAUAUACGUACAUCCGUACAUCUUAAGUGCAAUGAAUUCCUGUCCAUCACUAGAUUGAAAUAUGAAUUACAAAAUACAAGCUAAUGAUUUCAUUCAAAUUCAAACCUCUUCACUGAUAUCCACAAAAAUCUUAAUUCACUUUGCCUAGAUAGGUAUCGUUUGUUCACUUUAUGGUUUUGUUUUAAUUUUCAUGAUUUCCAUUCUGGGGCUAUUUGUAUUCUCAUGUGUAAUAAAGAUUUUUACACGUGC